UCUAAUCUCACAGCUAUGUUUCGGCGUAUUCCCCUCUCUGGGAGAGAGUUAUCAACAAGGGUUUAACAAACACUAUACUACUCCUACUUUACUCUGCGCAAAAUAACAAAAUCUCCCAAUUCACAUUCUCAAAACCACGACCCCAAUUUCUCUUCGAUUUCAAUUUUUUAUGAUAAAGGUAAUUCGUCUUUGUUUUCCAUCUCUUUCAGUAUCCUAGGUCUGCCAAAGAAGGAUUUUAUUGCUAGGAAUCUGGUUUUUGGGUUUUCUAGCGCUAGUAGCAGUAUAUGGCAGAGAAAGGAGGAAAAGGGUUCUCCCUGCCCAAGUCUUCUCUCAAAUCUCCCGCUCAUUUGAAAGGGAAGGAUGAUAGCCCAGCAAAGUCAAAGAGUGGGCGAAAAGUUCAGUUUGAUUCUGAAGGUGAUUGGGGAAAAGGGGGGAAAGGAGACAAGGUUGCAAAUGGUGGCAAGAGCUCAAUGCCAAAAGGAUCUUCCACAUCCAGGCAAAAAAAUGAGCAGGAACUUCCAAAGAACGCCAAAUGUCUGAUGGACUGUGAGGCAGCAGAUAUUGUACAAGGAAUCCAGGAGCAAAUGGUUGUACUAUCUGAAGAUCCAACAAUUAAAAUCCCAAUACCAUUUGAUAGGGGCCUCCAGUAUGCUAAGAAUGGUAGCCGCUAUACAGACCCUGAAUCUGUUCGACAAGUGCUUGAGCCUCUCAAAGCACAUGGCGUUUCUGACAGCGAGAUAUGCAUGAUUGCCAAUAUAUGUCCAGAGUCUUUGGAUGAAGUUUUUGCCCUAAUCCCAUCCUUGAAGGGUAAGAAAAACAAGGUGACACAACCCCUCAAAGAUGCAUUGAGUGAAUUAACUAAACUUAAGCAAUCGACACGAAGUUCCAACUGAAGAGAUCCAUUGGUGUGGACAUGUUGCGGGCUAGGUAGAACAGAACCUGGUACUGUUUUAUGGAGGAACUUUUUAACAGGCUUCCUUAAUAGGGUUGGCGAUAACUACAAAUUUGAGAUAGAGCAUAACUACAAAUUUGAGAUAGAGCAUAACUCGCAUCAAAGUGGGGAGGUAGUCCUCGGGCCAAUCUUUGAAUGCCGGAGUUCCAAGCCAUACAGUGUACAAACUCAUGGUUUUUGUUUUUGAUCAAGUGUACAAGCUCAUGGUGGGGUGGAUAGAAAUUUGAGUGUGGUGCUGCCUUUUUUUUUUAUUCUUUUAUGUUCUCUCUUUUCAGGGCCUAAAAUGAGUCUCAUUUGGACCAGAGACUUUUGUUUUGCGGCAUUUUCGGCCGCCAAAAGAAGCAAUGUCCGGGUUACAACUUCAAAACACGAACUCCAGGCAUUAAUGCGUCCAUAGCUGUUUGAUACAAAUACUGUAUGAAUUAACAUAAAUUCACCGGCA